UCUGCCGGUUUCUGCAGUAAGAUCGGAGCAGCUGGAAGAGGCCUCGCCGGCUGACGAGGAGGAGGACAGGGAGAGAAGCAGAAGGAAGAUCCGGGAGCGAAAACGAAAAGGUCCAGGCCUGGGACUGGCAAAAAGGGUAAAAGAAAGGACAGUGGAGGCUCCACCCACAGUGUUUUGAUGUUACUUUAUUCUUUUUUUUUAUUUUUUGUAAAAUCUUGCUUUCACGAUGCCGUCCAACGCCACCACUACCACCACAUUCAAAAGUUCCGACUUCGAUCAUGACGCAGCUGCAUAUAAAGUGAAUGAAGAGCAACCGCUAGAGAGGGGUCAGGAGGAGAAGCCGACCCACAGCGUACCAGCAAAGAAAGCAGGUCGACCGGGCAGGAAACGCAAGCAACCGCCGGUUGAUAGCUGUGAUACCUCAAAGGAAUGUGUGGUGGGGCCCAAGUGCCAUUCGAGCACAGGGAGCCAGUCCUCGGAGCAGACUCACAACGGAGAUAUGGACAGUAGUCCUGGAGACACCAGCGCCGCCUCUUCCCAGCAGAACAAGGACAAGGGUGUCCCAGAAAACGGUGUCCCCAAAGAGCCUUCCCGUAAGGUGAAUGAGAUGGCUAAAGAGGGGGACAGGAAGGGGGAGCAAGGCGCCUCUCUGGAGAAUGGCUGCUUCACACACUGGGAGAAUCAUGGCUCAGAGAAAGGAGAAGAGGAACAGGUGCCACCCACUCCCCGAAAGAAACGCGGGAGGCAGAAACUGGAGCAUCCUGAGAAAUACACAGAGGAAGAAGAGGAGGCCAGUUAUGAUCCAGUCAAAACAGAGCAGGGAACUCGAGCCAGGCUUCGUGGGGGACUGGGCUGGAAAACCAGCCUACGUCAGAGGCCCAUGCAGAGAAUAACCUUCCAGGCCGGGGACCCUUAUUACAUUAACAAGAGGAAGAGUGAUGAGUGGCUGGCCAAAUGGAAGAUGGAGGCAGAGAAAAGGGCCACACUUGUUGCUGUGAUGAACUCACUGGAGGAAACUGUCGGGAACGAGAGACAGAAGGAGGAGGAGGAGGUGUCCAGCGAGGUCCCCUCCCAGCAGCCCACAGACCCGGUCUCACCCACUGUGGCCACCACCCCCGAGCCCGUCGGAGCAGAGGCCUUGGAGAAAACUGCCUCUAAAUCAAUGGAUGACGAAGCCGAAUACGAGGAUGACCGUGGCUUUGGAAUCGGGGAGCUGAUUUGGGGGAAACUGCGUGGAUUCUCCUGGUGGCCUGGCCGUAUCGUCUCCUGGUGGAUGACCGGGAGGAGCAGAGCUGCUGAAGGAACCAGAUGGGUCAUGUGGUUCGGUGACGGCAAAUUUUCUGUGGUCUGUGUGGAGAAGCUGAUGCCUUUGAGUUCAUUUUCAAAUGCCUUUCACCAGCCAACCUAUAGCAAACAGCCCAUGUACAAGAAAGCAAUUUACGAGGUCCUCCAGGUGGCAAGCAGCAGAGCAGGUAAAAUCUUCCCAGCAUGCCCUGACAAUGACGAGACUGACACUUCCAAAACAGUGGACUUUCAGAACAAGCAGAUGAUCGAAUGGGCUAUGGGGGGAUUCCAGCCCUUGGGUCCAAAGGGUCUGGAGCCACCAGAAGACGAGCGCAAUCCCUACAAAGAAGUUUACACUGAGAUGUGGGAGGAGCCUGAAGCAGCGGCCUAUACACCCCCUCCACCAGCUAAAAAACCAAGAAAAAGCACAGAGAAACCCAAGAUCAAGGAGAUCAUAGAUGAGGGAACCCGAGAGAGACUUGUUUAUGAAGUGAGGCAAAAAUGCAGGAACAUCGAAGAUAUCUGCAUUUCCUGUGGAAGUCUGAAUGUUUCCAUUGGACAUCCCCUCUUCAUGGGAGGCAUGUGCCAAAACUGUAAGAAUUGUUUCCUGGAAUGUGCCUAUCAGUAUGACGAUGAUGGUUACCAGUCAUACUGCACCAUCUGCUGUGGGGGUCGAGAGGUGCUCAUGUGUGGAAACAAUAAUUGCUGUCGGUGCUUCUGCGUGGAGUGCGUGGAUCUUCUUGUCGGACCAGGCGCGGCGCAGGCUGCUAUCAAAGAGGACCCCUGGAACUGCUACAUGUGUGGCCACAAGGGCAUCUACGGGCUGCUGAAGCGAAGGGAAGACUGGCCCACCCGGCUCCAGCACUUCUUUGCCAAUAACCAUGACCAAGAUUUUGAAGCACCAAAGCUUUACCCUCCCGUCCUAGCUGAGAAGAGGAAACCUAUUCGCGUCUUGUCGCUGUUUGAUGGCAUUGCGACAGGUCUGCUGGUGCUAAAGGACCUUGGGAUUCAGGUGGAACGGUACAUUGCCUCUGAGGUGUGUGAGGACUCAAUCACUGUGGGGAUCGUCCGACACCAGGGCAGGAUCAUGUAUGUCGGGGAUGUGAGAAAUGUCACACGCAGACAUCUACAUGAAUGGGGCCCCUUCGACUUGGUUAUUGGAGGAAGCCCAUGCAACGACCUUUCCAUCGUCAACCCUGCAAGGAAGGGUCUCUUUGAGGGGACAGGCCGUCUGUUCUUCGAGUUCUACCGCCUUCUCCACGAAGCGAGACCCAAGGAGGGCGACAACAGGCCUUUCUUCUGGCUCUUCGAGAAUGUGGUGGCGAUGGGCGUCAGCGACAAGAGAGACAUCUCCCGCUUCCUCGAGUGUAACCCGGUGAUGAUUGAUGCCAAGGAGGUGUCAGCCGCCCACCGAGCCCGCUACUUCUGGGGUAACCUUCCUGGUAUGAACAGGUUGGUGAGAGAACGACCGUUGGUGGCGAUGAUCAAUGACAAGCUGGACCUGCAAGACUGUCUGGAACAUGGGAGAACAGCCAAGUUCGGCAAAGUGAGAACCAUCACCACUAGGUCGAAUUCUAUCAAGCAGGGCAAAGACCAGCACUUCCCAGUCUACAUGAACGAGAAGGAGGACAUUCUGUGGUGCACUGAAAUGGAGAGGGUGUUUGGAUUCCCUGUCCAUUACACAGAUGUCUCCAACAUGAGCCGCCUUGCCAGACAGAGACUUCUGGGAAGAUCCUGGAGUGUCCCAGUCAUCCGUCACCUGUUUGCACCACUGAAAGAGUACUUCGCAUGUGUUUAGAACUCGACACACUUGCGGAAAAACAAAAGAACUUAAAAAUACACAAGAACUGAUAUUUAACAAGAAAUAACAUUUUACUCCGGUGAUUUACAAGAAAAAAAAAAUACAUUUAAAGUAGAUGUUUCAAAUAAUUUCUUGUAUUUUUAAUGUCAUUCUUUUAUCCUAUUUAAUUGUUUUGUUGUUUUUAAAAUGUCAUUUUAAUUUUUAGCUAUAUUAUCCAGUGAAUAUUUUGUGUUGAUUUUAUGUGUGCAAGCUGUACUUCAGAAAAGGCUUUUCUCUGUUCUUUUACAGCCCUGAGAGACAAUAUGUUAGAAGAUAGGAUUGAGUACUGAAACAGAAUAUGAAUGGUUUCCGUAAAAUUAUUACAUAUAAAGAUAUACAGUUUGAUAUGUGUACCAUAAAACUUAAAUUAAAUGCCUCUGGCGUUUAUUUACAAUAUUUGCCAGCAGACCCGGCGCGUAUUGGAGACCGGCGAUUAUUUGAGACUGGCGUUUAUAUUAGAUCAGUAGCUUCACAUGCUUCAUGCGGUCAUUGAGAAGCCGCUAACACACAACCUUGUAGCAACAUCAUAACUCAAUUGAAACAUUCCAGCAACUUUUUUAAAAGGUUGUGUGUCAUUGGGAACUAAGUAACAGUUUUGUUUUAUAACAAAAUUACGUUGUAUUGUUACACCCUCAUGUAUAAAGCGAAAGUGUUAAUUAAGUCAGUUAAAGCCACUAAAAGACAGCCCUGUAGAUAUCAGAACACAGGUGUGUAGGCUAUGCUUACUGCAUAAUAAUAAUAAUAAUAAUAAUAAUAAUAAUACAAACUUCUAAAAUGUUUUUAAAAAUGAAAAAUAAACUCAAUAAGUAUCAUUAUCAAAAAUAAUUUAUUGUUUAAUCUCAAACUUGUACAUUGUUAAUACAACAAAACACGUUAAAAUACACCGAGAGGUUUGUAUCUGGCCUACUUUCAGCACACUUAAAAUUAUCAAAACUUUUAAUAACAUAAUAACUGCAUUAAACAAAUAUGCAUUACAUGUAGGCCUACCUUAAAUUACGUUUUCUAUUUAUUAUUAUUAUUAUUAUUAUUAUUAUUAUUUAUUAAUCCUUUCAUCAUUCACUGGGUUUCCAUGCGGGUCAAUUUACACGUGAAAUUGCGAUGCGCGUGCACGUUUGGGAGAAUUACUCGGGUAAAAAGAGAGGGUAAAUCUCAUUUACUCGUGUAAAUGACAAAACACACGGGAAAACCACACCCAGUUUUGCAUGGAAACCUGCAUUUCACGUGUGAAUGUUAAUGAGCAUGUUUAUCCUUGACUAUAAAUAUUGCAAGGGAUCAGGUCAGUUGUUGCUGUGGAUUCCAAGAAGGCAGAAAGUAGUGGCUGAUGGGUGAUUUUAUGGUUAGCAGUGAGUAGUUCACCUUCAUGCUAAUGCGGGCGGCCUUUUUUCUAUUAUUGUUUUUUGCUGUGUCUGGACUGCCAUGUUGUAUAUCUCUUGUGGGUUUACAGUUCUGUAUAAAACCACUUACCAUGAACUGAGUUAUGCAUUUGUUAUAGUAUUAAAGUAGCUGUUUGAGAAUACCCUUGCUGUAAAAACUACACUAAAAUUAAACACGAAGAGGAAGUGAGCUGCUUAACUGAAUUAAUUCCCAUCCUUUUUUUGAUCCCAGCUAUGUCCAAAGACAACGCACGUCUGCCCUCCACGUUAAUAAAUAUAGUUUGUGAACUGGAUGUCAUAAGCCAGCUCGAUCGCCCAAAACAGCGCAACAACAUCCAAGUUGUUGGUGCCCUCUCAGAACUGACCAAAUAAAAUUGCAAAUGAACAUAUUGUGUUUUAUUUGUUUGCAUCAUUAAUAUUUAACACAGCAGUAAAUCCAACACAACUUAAAAGAAAGGAGAGCAUGAGCCUCCUCAAAUCGUGGCUGUCCAAUUGAAACUGGUGGCUGUAACCUUCACAGUUGCCAAGUCCGCAUAUAAUACAUUUUUAGAGUCGCAGGUUGAAAUUUGCACACCCAUACUCAACAUGGGUUGCGCUUCUUGUGAAAGGCUGCCGCUUUUUUUCUCAUAUGUCUGCAAUACCUGUGUUGGUCAGAUUCAUUUUAUACCUCCGAGUUAAUUUUUAAUUAAUGAGUCGUCAGAUAAAUUAGUUGAAACCAGAUUCAAUACUAAUGACAAGCCAACCCACCUGACAUUUGAAAAACAAUUUGGUCAAGAGCAGUAAAACACAUUAUUAACCAAGCAAGCACAGGGUAUUUUGCUUUAUUACAGCAGCUUAGAUUCACUCGUGUACCAGUUAUCUGCACAUGGAGACCACAUUUUCACAAAAUGUCACUAGUAAUCUUCAAAAACAGCACAAGUACUUUACGCAUAGCUAAUUUACACAUCAACCCCCACCUUUCCCAUUCAUUUGCAUGACGUCGGGUGAAAAGCCCAGUUUACUCGAGUAAAAUAAACUGAGCGAAUGGAAACCCAAAAAAGCAUUUUACACGAGACAUUUUUCUCGUGUAAAUGUCUCGAGUUAAAAAAAAACUUGCAUGGAAACCCCAUGACUGUCAUCGCUGUCACUUAUUAUCAGUUCAUUACGCUCAAGCUCCUUAUCUUCCUCAUCUUCAAUGGCAAUGACAGAGACCCAGCGUUUAUUUACAAUUUACCAGCAGACCUGGCGCGUAUCGGAGACAGGCGAUUAUUUGAGACCCGGCAAUUAUUUGAAGUUUUAUGGUAUAUAUAAAUAUGUGUGUUAAUUUUGUAAUCAUUUUUAGCCUGGUUUUGAUGAACAGGAGCACAAGCCAGGGAACUGUAACAAUAAGCCCAAGCAUACACUUCCAGGUGCUGAGCCUUACUUUACCAGCACCAUUACUGGUAACCAAUUGCAAGCAUACACAUUUACAGUAUUUUUUUAGGGAUCUAUCUUUAGGAAACCUUGAAAAAAAAACAGAUCACAAACCACUUACCUCUCGUUUACAGUUCUUAUACAAAACCUAAAGGUACUACUUUACAAUAGUGACUUUAUAAUGGUGCUUUUAAAUAAACAGAUGAUUAAAAACAUUAGCUUCCACGUGGCCUUACAAACUAACAGGGUUGUGACUGCUGUGUAAAAAUAUUGCAAUAAUUUGCAAAAAAAAGUUGUAUAGAAGAAGAAAAAAAAUUGCAAAGUGAUCUGCCAUCAUUUUUUUUUUUUUUUUCUAACAACAUUUUUAUAUCGAACAUACUGGUGCUUUUCACUAUUUUGGCCUUGUAAACUCAGCCCUCAAUGCCUGUGGUUACACAAACAAUACAAACCCAGCCACCUGUGUAGCCGUGUUUUUAGUCAUCUUGAAUUUCAGAUCACAGGCUGCAGUGAACUACUGUUUUGUUUUACUGAGACUGGUAUCAUUUGUACUGUACAUCUCUUUGGGGGUGUGGGAGCUGAAGGAGGCAGACAUUCCCGGCACCCCCUGCCCACUCAAACUAUAUUCAAUCAGGUGCAUACAACAACAACAUGGUGCAGCUUUCAUUGCAGUUCUGCUUUUUUAUAAGAAUUGUUUUUGCUUUUUUUCCACAUUAUUUAGCUUGUUUAUAUAUGUAUAUUUUUCUUUCUGAUUCCAGCUUUAUUUUGUUUGUUUAUGAUGUGUCUGACCCUCUCACUUCACCAUGCUAGGGCUGCGCCAACUGAUGUGAAAGAGAUGGGGAAAACACUGAUUAUUUUUGUAAUUUGCUGAUUUUGAAAUGUACUGUCUGGUGGGGGAUAAGUGGGACAUUUUUAACAAAUAUAUCGAACAUCUACAGUAUGUUGCUUAAAAAAAGAUUCUCUAUUGUUUCCAUGUCUUGUUCUUUUUUUUUUUUUUUUUUUUUUUUAAAGAUUUUGGACAAAUUCUAACUCUGUCACUCUGAGGAUAGGCCAAAUACAGACCAAAUGAAAUGUGCAGUCGUGGGACAGCAACAGGAGAAAGGAACUACCAGGCUAAUAUAGUAUCUAGCAUCUAGUAGAAGACCUGUGAUAAGACACAUAAGCUUUAAUUGUAAUAAUCUAAACACUCUGGAAUGUAUGAACCAGCCAAUUAUUCGAAGGUAAUAGAAAACAAUGUGAAAUCAGUACACUGGAUUUGUCAUAUAGUCAGCCUUGGAUGUAACAGUGCUGGCUCCUUUCCCUGUUUGCCCUACACCCAUUAUACAGAUAUCCAUUUUUUGCAGAGUGUGUUUGUUAUGUCUUUCUACAUUAGCUAUAAGAUGUACAAACAUGAUUCUUUACUAAUAUCUAUAUAAUGAAAUUAGUAAAGCUGAGAUUUAAAAAAACAGACAUGAAUUUGCAUCCGAAUAAGCUAUGAAGCAGCGGACUGGGGGAGAAUUUCCAACCCGCCUUUUAUAUUUAUGAAUUGUUUUUUUUUGUUUGGAUUUAACAGUGGCUUGUGAUGGUUUGUCAGGUGAUCUUAACAAUAACUUGUUGACAGCUUUAAGAAGGAGAAACUGAGCUUUAUCGCACAGCCCUAGAUUCAGUGUUUUAUUUUUCUUUUUUAAGAGUUAAAAGAGUGACUGUAGGUGUUUCAUAAGGUGCUAAACAUUUUAUCUAAAUGAAAAAAUAUAUAUUGUUAGGAGCAAAUCAACUUGUCUUGACAAUGACUGUUUUUAAGUUCUCGUAGUUAAGGAAAAGAAAAAGCACUAUUAUUUUACUCUUAUACAAAUAUAUUAGCAAAGGCAUUUUAACUUUGUACUUGAAAAAAAUACAGAUUCAUGUGUUUAGUCUAGGCAUUGCUGUAGUUGGUGCUUAUCUGUGGGAAAAUCAUGUAUUCAUAUUAAAGAUUUAAAGGAAAUUAGAAAACAUUUGGUAAUAACCUUUACUGUUACGUAUGUACUUGCUUGAUCCCUGGCGGCCGUGCUUUUUUUAACCCACAUUCCAUGCAGCAAAAAAAAAAAAAAAAAAAGCAGUGUUUCUUAUAAUGUUUGUUUUAGAUUCCAUUUCAUUUGACUGCCAUUUUUAACGUUGCUUAUAUAUUUAUUGACAACAAUAAUGUACAUUUCACAGUUCUGAGACUUUACAGGUCAAUUUCUCUAUUUCCCUCUGUAAUGCUAUUGUACUUCUGUGUAACUAUUGCUCGUGACAUAGCUGUUUAUGGAUUAUACUCUUCUAAAGGUCAGUGCGUACAGCCAAGGUAGCAGUCAGAAUCAGUCCGCCUUCAUCCCAUUUUUUUCAGUGCCCAAAAAGAAGAAAAGGCUCCUUUCUUAUGUACUUGUGCUGGAGAACACUUGAAUAAAUGUAAUGUUUUUUGUGCAAAAA